UCAAAACAAGUGCAGAGAACGAGCACGUCAUUUUCCCCCCACCUCUAUGGGCUCGUCGGGAGCACCGCCGGAGCCGCCGGCAGUGGCGGCGGCCAGGAAGCUGCACCACCUCCUCCGCUCCCGCGACCUUCGCCCGGCGCUCUCCUACCUCCGUGCCCUCCCUUCCCCGCUCACCCUCCUCCCCAACCACGCCCUCAACGCCCUCCUCCGCGCGCUCGCCGCCGCCGGCCGCGUCCGCGCCGCCACCUCACUCUUCCGCUCCAUCCCCAACCCCACGCCGCACUCCUUCAACUCCCUCCUCGCCGCGCUCCUUCGUAGGGGCCGCCGCCGCGCGUCCUCCGCCCUGCUCGCGGCGUUCCUCCGCUCCCCUGACGCCUCCCCCGACGUCACCACCCUCAACACCCUUCUCCAUGGGCUUUCCACUGCCUCCCCGCGCCCGUCAGCUCCCACGCUCCUCAAGCUCUUCCGCUUCUUGCCGGAGACCUACGCCUUCGCCCCCGACGCCAUCACGUACAAUUCUCUGCUAUCUGCUCUGUGCCGAGCGGGCGACCUGGCCACCGCGCGCAAGCUAUUCGACGGAAUGCGCGAGAGCGAAGAGGAGAGCAAAUGUGGCGCCCUCCCUAAUGUUGUCACCUACACUACCAUGAUCAGGGCGUACUGUGCAAAGGGGCUUGCUGACGAGGCAUUGUCGCUCUUCAUGGUGAUGGCUGCAAAUGGCGUGCCGCCAAACAGGAUCACCUACAACACGAUGGUGCAGGGCUUCUGUGAGGCCGGAAGGAUGGAGCUAGUUAAGGAGGUGUUCGAGGUGGACUCGUUUAAGCCAGACACAUGCACGUUCAACACGCUAAUGGCUGCACAUUGCAGGGUAGGGCGGAUUAAGGAUGCAAUGAAGGUGUUUGAUCAAAUGACAGAGCUUCAUGUGAGACGUGAAUCUGCAAGCUAUAGCAUGGUGAUCCGAGCAUUGUGUGAGAGCGGUGACUUUGGUCGGGCUGAGGAGCUUGUGGAUGAGAUCUUGGAGAAGGAGGUGCUCAAGAAAAGAGGUGGUUCUGUACCACUUGUCGCAGCGUACAACCCAGUUUUUAUGUACUUUUGUGAUAAUGGGAAAGCAAAAAAGGCCAGGGUGCUGUUCGGGCAGUUGCUGGAUAGGAGGAGCAAGGUUGAUUUCCAAGCAUUCAAGACGUUGAUACUAGGUCAUUGUAAGGAGGGCAAUUUUGCAGAAGGGUACGAGCUAGUGCUCUCAAUGUUAAAGAGGGAUCUUGUCCCUGACAAUGAGUGUUAUAUUGCUGUAAUAGAUGGCUUUAUGAAGAAAGGAAGGAUGAAAUCUGCUUGGGAAGCUCUUCACAGGAUGUUAAAUAGUGGCCUUCGGCCUAGCACAAGUACAUUCCACUCGGUUCUUUUGGGGCUUUUGAAGAAAGAUGGCUGUGCGGAAGAAGCUGCCAAUUUGAUUGAGAUAAUGCUAGAGAGGAAAAUCCGGCAGAACCUUGAUCUUUCUACUAAUCUGAUCGAUGUAUUGUUCAAAAGUGAUCUCAAUGACCGUGCAUACAAGAUUACUAAGUGUCUGUAUGAUAAUGGCUAUUACAUCAAUAUGGAAAAGGUAAUUGCAACACUUUGCGAGGACAAGAAGUUCGUAGAUGCAGCAGAGUGUACUUUGUUUAGCUUGCAGAAGCACCAUGAACUGGGUGUUGGAGUUCACAGUCUUGUUUUGGAUGGCCUCUGCAUGGACGGUAGAGCUGAAGAGGCAUUCCGGCUUUUCUAUGAGCUAAUUGAGAACGGAAGCACUUCUGCUGCUGUUGCUCCCCGCAGCUUAGUCUGUCUUCAUCAUGCACUCGAGGAAGCUGGAAAGAUGAAAGAAGCUGAUUUUAUUGGUAAACAGAUGAGACGUGCCACUGCGAAAAUUAGGCAAAGGAGCUAAGACUUUACUCACAUUAUUCCAAAGAAAAACCUUGCAAACUCUUCGCAGCUUCUGUGCAGUGUGGUCUGCAUGAGAAAAAUGAUGCUGAAACUGGAAAUCCAGUUGGUUGCCUGAUCAACUGAUUGGCAAGGAAUUGAUGGUCAUUCAACAAGGUUUGUUUGAUGGUGCAGGAUUGCUUGUGAAAUCAAUGGAUCAUCAAAUAGCUCGAUUUUCUUGGAGUUGCCCCUAUCAUCAGAUAUUCUGAUUGCACAAGCACAUCUCAUGUAAAGGUUCAACAAAUUUUGCGAUCAAUGAAAUCACCACGGACGCUUUCGCAAGUACCCAUGCUGAGUUUAGAACUUGAACCUGAUGACACAAGGAACGUCCGAGGGAUGUCUAAUGCACAUCGCUGUUCCUACAGCAUCCCACUACAAGAGCAAGGGCGGCAGAUCGCCGCUGCCGAAUCAUCGAGGUCACAAAGCCAGCACCGUCAAGUCUUCACGGAUGGUCUGCUGCCUGUGUUGCCUAGCCUUGGCAUAAUGCUGUCUGUUCUCAAUCUCAGUUGUGCAGAAAACCUCUGUGCGGGCAGCAAGUAGGGGCACAAAAAGGCAUGCCAAAUUGGAGAUUGUAAUUUAUGUGAAUUUAGAGUGGAGUUCAGGAAUCGUGUCACUGAAUGUUAAAUUCAGACUAUAACUGAUGUGAUUUGGGAUUGUAACUUAUGAUCGUGCACCACCACUAGCUGUUAUCAAACUGCCAUACUGAAUUCUGUUAUCAAACUGACAACAUCAGUGAUAUGUUCUCAAAUUGAUCUGUUAUCAGUUAACGUUCUAUAUUA